CACCAAGUUUUGUUGCCGUUUUGUUAUUGUAGAGCACCAGACCACCUCCAGUGAGCGGACGUUGCGGAUGCGACAAUUUUUGAUUCGGGCAGGUGUGCGCGCGUUUUGCGUUCCGAGUAGUGGCUGCUCACCUUUUUAGUUACUAACUAGAGGCCCAACUGAUUGAAGCGCCAGAGUCGCGGUAAACAAUCCCCAAAACAGGAUGUAAACCAGGUGACUGGACACCUAUCCUUCACCUGAUUUUUGUGCAAAUUCCUGAGCCGUUCGGUUUCUACUUUAAAAAAAAAAGGUGCAAAAAAAUAUAAUAAUAACACUCUGGGUCUCUGGAUCCGGGCAGUGCCGUCGUCGUGUUCUGCGAAUUCUCGGUUUAUUUUUACGUUUCUGUGAAAGCCAAUCGGCGGAGGAGAAUAUUGUUUAUUGAAUUGCACCUGUAUCGUGGACCGGAGACCGGGCCCGGGACCGGACGGUAUAUAUCCGCGCUCUAUUUGCUUUGCGUGUGUGUUGAAUGAUUUUGUUUUUGGAUCGGAUUUAAUACAAAGCCAGUGCUUAGGUUUAGGCCCAUUUUAACUCCAAACAACAACAACAAUUAUUGGACUCGGCAGUGCGUGUGUUUUUUUUAUAAUUUUCCUGAAUUAUUUCCAAUUUCAUCCAAAACAACUGCAAACUAUUCUAAAAAAAAUUCGACAAAAAAAUUAAAACCAAAACCAACUGCAACAGCUUUGAUUCCAGCUUUGAAUUUUUAUGGGGUUUUUAAUUUGGCCAUAAAAAAUUCGACAAAGUGAGGACGAGCUGGUUUUUAUUAUCCCAACGAACAACUCUCUUCCACCAAAGCUCCCACUCAGCCAAGAUUAUUUCAACAGAUCUUGUACUAAACAAAGACAAUACAAAAAUUGGGUCAAUUAGCUAAUGAAAUCGGACACCUCCGAUGUGCGUGGUGCGUGGGUGGCGACGCAGUGCUCUUGAGUCGGAUUCGGAUUCGGCAGUUGGCACCACUGACAUGCUGAGGUUGAGGCACUGAGACUGACCAGAGGCCAAGAUACCCGCGUAGGAGUGACUCCGCUCCACUGCCAUGUGAGCUAAGCUCAACCCAUCUCCAGUCCAAAACACACAAAACCCCGCAGCGGAAAACCCAACCAGAGUACCAAACGUAAAGCCCGGAGCUAUCCGGUAGGUAGUCGAUAUAUUCAGUAAUGGAGGCCACCGAACAGGACGUUAUGCUGGAGGGCGGCGAAGACCUGAUGUCCACAUCGGCCACGUCCGCGAAUGGCGAUGACCCAAAUGGUUGUGGCAGGAAGUCGUCCAUAACCUCGCCGGAUCCCACAUCGUACGUGGCCAAGGCUCGAGUUACGCGGCCCACGCCGCCGCCUCCGUCGAAGAACCCGAUGCAGUUCGUCCAGAUCAAGCCCUGCAAUCUGUACCAGACCGCCCAGCAGCAGCUGAAGAAGGCCGAGGAGGUCAAGAAGUUGAAGGAGGUGAAGAAGGAGGAGCCCGAGGAGUGGCAGAACAACCUUGACAAUUGGAAAUCGUCAAGGCGAAAACGUGUCGAACACAUCAUCGAUCGUGUGGUGGAGACGAAGAAACUCGAGCUGGAGGAGCAUGAUCGAAUGCGACGAAAAUCGAAAACAUUCACCGAAAUGAUGGAGGAGAGGGCCGAAAGGGGAGGAUCCCGUGGACGUGCCAAGCUGGCCUCCUUGGCGGUUUACAACGAGGACGAGGCCAACGAUCUGAGCGAUUUGGGCAUAGGAACCAGCAGUGCCAGCGGCAAGAGCAGCCUAUCCGAGGAUUACGACAAUAAUAGCGUUAUGAGCGACCAUGCCGCCGAACUGGACAAGGCUAUAGGAGCUGCUGGUUCUGGAGCUGCCGGGUCUGCUUCCCGGAACAUCGACGAGCUACAAAAUCAUAUCAACCGGAAUGGAGGCAACAGCAACCACGGCAACGGAGUGCCCAUUGGCCAGGCCAGCACAUCCAAGGCAGCUGGCAGGGAGUACAUCUCCUCGCCGGGAUACGACACCUCGUCGAGCACAGCGCCGGCCAGUUCGCCAGAUCCUUGCGAGUACACCUACGAGGGCGCCAUCCAGGACUACAAGCAGCGGGUCCAGAGGGCCAGUAGCAACGGUAAUGGCAACACCAACGGGAAGGCCAACGGAGAGCCCAUCGCCUAUCCCACGCGACGCGGAUCCAAGAUCGAGGAUCGACUCAGUGGCUUCGAGGUGACCUCGCCCAGCGACACGCAGGAGGGCGUUGAGAAGCAGAAGGUGGACGUGCCGAAGGUGGAUAUUUCGAAACGCAAGGAGAUUUUCGAGCAGGCCAAGGCAGCUCCGUCCAACGGAGCUCCACCCACCGCUCCCAAGGUAGUGCUCCGGGACCGCCUCACCAACGGAAAUGGAACAUCCUCCGGAGCCACCAAGCCGGAGGUGAAGCGCUUGUCUGGCGACAUAACUAGCAUCCGCGAUCGCAUGCAGAGCUUGGAGCAGCAGCGGAAUGCUUUCAACUCCAGCAAGAGUGUGGAUGUGCCGGUGCCGCCACUCAAGCAGCGGCUCAACAGUCUGCAGCAGUCCGUUACCAAAGAGGAGCACAAGAAGCCGAUGGUGGCCCUGAUCGAUGCCCGCCAGCUGGAGAUCAUGAGGGGCGAGGAGGAGCGCAUGCGACAGCAGCAAAAGGAGCAGCAGAAGCAGCAGCUCCAGGCCACUGUGGUGGCUCCGCCGGCCCUAAUUGUGGAGGAGCCGCCAGUAGUGGCCACUAACGACGAUAGCGGCAUCCAGGAGGACACCAACGACGAGCUGCAGCAACAGCAGCAGCAACUGAAUGCGGCGAUUGCCGCCCUAGCCCUGGAGGAGCGCCAGCUGGAGGAGGCGGCCAACGCGGUUAACCAGAUUGAAGCCGAGUUUGACGAGCUCACAGACCUGAAUCCCUCGCCGCUGCCACCUUCACCAGCACAUCCAUCAGUCCAGGCAGCAUCGGCUCCAUCUGCCUCUUCAUCAACUCCGACUACAUCAUCAAUUCAAGCGCCCAACCAGUCGGCCGCUGCUCCUCCAUUGCGGGACAUGGAAUUUAGUAUCAACGAAGCUCUUGAACUGGCGCUGGAAGCAAUCGAUCGCGAGGGCACCACCAAGCCAAUGGACAAGGAGCAGAAGCAGGAGCAACUGGAGGGUAAGGUGGAUCAGCCGAAGGAGAAGCAGGAACAGGAUCAGGAUCAGGAGCCGGAGCAGGAAGAAGAACAAGAACAAGAGCAGGUUAAGGAAGAGAAGAAGGAGCAGGAGCUACAGAAGGAGAAGGAGGAAACAUGCAACAAUAAUGUGGGGAAGACAGCACACACCGAGGGCGGGGAAAUACCAAAUAAAACCGACGAACAAAAACGCCAGGAGGAGGAGAAUCGCGAACGGGAGCCCAUCUAUGAGAAUGUCAGCUCGACCAUAUCUAUGCACGAAGUAGAUAAUGAACAGAUAGCAACACAGACACAGACACCGACACAGACCCCAGCGACGCGUAGGAGUCACAGGAGAAGCAUUCCAAAUAAGCAAACCAGCAACAACAGCCACAAUAAUGAGAAUAAUCAAAGCCCUAAUCAAUCCAACAACAGCAACAUCAACAACGGCAACGGCAACCAAAAGAGCAGCAACAUCAGCAAUCAAAGCGAGGCAGUAGCAGCAGCCAUGGAUCCGACAACACCACCAGCACCCGGGGACUCGGAACCCUAUUACCAAGUCCCGAAGGUCACGGAGCCGUAUUACGAUGCCCCCAAGCACCUGAGACCCGUUCCCGUCUACGAAAACAUUGAGAUCUUUUACACGGGUCUGGAAAUAAGCCAAGUAUCCGGAGUGGCAGCUCCACCACUGCCCAUGGAGCCGCCCAAGGAGAAGCCACCACCGCCGCCCACCGAAAGCCCACCGCCAGUGCCGCAUGACGAGGGACAUGACGAUGAACUGGACGGCCUGGGCAGCAGCCUCGGCCACAACACCGACACCUGGUCAUCGGACAACACCUACGAAACCAUCUCGAACGGCACGCGCCGCCAACUGCAGAGCGGGGCUCUGGUAGAUCCCGCCCAGCCAUCGCCGCCCAUCAAGCGGAUGAACUCCACCAAGCGGAUUAAGAAGGAGCUGCGCAACAAGCGCUCCAGCUUCUUGGGCAUCGAAACCGACGGCGAUCUCGACGACAUGGAGAGCUAUCUGGAGCUCACAGUGGCGCCACCUCCAGACAUGGCCCAGCUCCUGCAGGAAGAGCGUCGUCUGGAGAAGCAACUGUACAUCAAGGCUGGACUGUGCGACAGUUCCGACACAGGCGAAAGCCGGGACUCGGGUGUUUCGGAGAAUCAUUCUCGGCAAAGCAGCGAGCACUACACCAACUCGUCUGAGGAGAACGACACCCAGUCGGAAGCCACUCCGCCACCGCUGCCUCCGCCGCCGGCGACCUCCCAGUUGGGAGAGGUGAUCUACCAAAACGAGAACCUUCUGGCGGCCCAGACACCUCUACUGCAGACGGUUAAGGGCAACUCGGCCGAGUCCUGGACGGAAUCGGCGACGGCGGCUGCGGCGGCCACUCAGUCCCUGAGCGAAGCCACCGCCACGGCGAACGCCAAGAUGCUGUCCAUCGAGGAGAAAAUCCGGGAGCAGGGCGAGGUUUUGCGGGUGGAGCGAGAACUAUUGCACUUUUCGAAAGAGGAACUGAAGAGACAGCGGGAGAAUCUUCUACUCCGAGAGAACUUGGCGCGACGAGAGCUGCAACAUGGGGCUAAGAUGCUGAUGUCCAACAACCGACGGUCCCUGCAGGACCUGCACCAUGGCCUGGGCAUCGGCAAUGGGAUGCUUAGCGCCUUCCAGCCACCCCAAAUCCACCAGCAACCACUGCACCCCCAGCAGAUCUACGCUAAUGUGCCACAGCAGCAGCAGGCGGCAUUGUACGCUUACCACCAGAUGGACACCGACUACCGCAAGUCCAUGUCGGACCUGAAUGAGUUCUCCAACCGCCUGAUGCUGCCGCCGACGCCGCCGGCCAAGCCCCUCCGGGCGAUGCACCUUAACAAUGGCCAUGGCAUGGAGCCGGACUACGCGGUGAGCUCGCGGCAACGCCAGCCGGCGGCUCCUUAUGGCGGCUCCUUGGUGAAGAUCGCCGGAGCGCCAAUGGCGACGCGUGUCUCCGGCCAAGGAUAUCCAGUGCAAGCCCAAGCUGCGGCCGCAUAUCACCACCAGUCGGCGCAGAACUUGAGCAACAUGUCGCGCAACACUCUGCUGGCCCUGAGUGCCACGCCAAAGCCAAAAUACACGGAUGGAUGGGUGCAGGUACAGCAACGGAAGAGCUACGACAGCAACAGUAAUCUGGCGAACGACCCAGCCUGGCUAUCCGCCCAGCAGCAGAAGCGCAAGUCUAUGCCCGACUACGGCCGGACCGUGUACAACAACAAUCACUGGCUGCUCCAGGAGGCCGAGCAGCGGCGCAUCGAUCAGCUCAACCGACGAUCCAUGCCCGCCCCCAAAUCAAACAGUAAGCCGCUGCCGGACUCGAUUAUCCAAACGCUGACGGAGCGGGUUCAGAGCAAAGGCAUCGGGGAGCGCAAGCGCUUCGAUGGCAAUGGCAACUACAGCCAGAUCAAUGGCAACAGCAAUAUCUACCAGCAACCUCAGCAGCAACAGCCACAGCAGCAGAAGACCAAAACCAGCAACGGCAACAUCAGUAGCAAUGGAAGCGGAAACGGCAGCCAGGAGAAGGUGCUCAGCGUUAGUGGCAAAAAGAAGUGCUCCCAUUGCGGAGACGAACUAGGUCGAGGCGCUGCCAUGAUUAUUGAGUCACUGCUGCUGUUUUACCAUAUCAACUGCUUCAAGUGCUGCGUCUGCCAUGUCCAGCUGGGGGAUGGCCUGAAUGGAACCGAUGUCCGGGUGCGGAACCACAAGCUGCAUUGCCAGAACUGUUACUCCAGCGACGACGGCAUCAAGUUCAGCUGCGUCUAAUUGCAUCCAUUUCGUCACGAAGAUAUCGGAAGCGAAAAUGGAGAUGUUGUUGUUCUUGUUCUUGUUGCUAUUGCAACAUUGAUUGUUGUUGUUGUAUUAGUAAUACAUAGAUACUAACUACUGACGUAAUUCGUAUGAUCACAUAUGCAUAUAUACCUUAUAUAAAGAAACGUAUAUAUAUAUAUAUAUUCAUGUUGAGAACAAAGUCAAAUGCAAAUCGUUUCAGAUUAGUGUUAAUCGCUUCUAUAUAAGUACGAAAUUUUUGAGUGUCUUUGCAUUGCUUUUUGACUCAGAUUUUAACGUUUUAUAUACGAUAUUCUAAAUGUUUAAUAAUCCGACAAUUUACAUACAUAUUAUAUAUAUAUAUAUGUUUAAAAAGCCAAGCUCUCUAACGUUUUAAGCCAAGUCAAAGUCAAAUUUCAAACUACAAGGAUCUAUUGAGUGUUGAGAAUUAUAAAAGAAAAACGAAAAGAAAAAUCAAAAAAAAAAAGUUCAAUGAACGUUGUUAAAAUUUAGAAAUUGUAUAUUGCCUACAUAGAUAUAUUGAGAGAUAAACGAAAUAAUUGUAUAUUAAUCUUCCGAGCAAUGCUGACCUUGUCUCCUUUUCAUACCCGAUCACUCGGGGCUUCUAAUUCUGAUGUUUCUAUGUACUAUGUCUAUCCUACACACCCUAGCCCACAUACAAUACCUAACGACGUAUCCAAUGUACCUAAAAUUAUUUACAAGUACCCAUACACAUGAAGGAAAACCCUAUCAUAAGUGCAUAUUAACAUAUACUUUUAUAUUACCUACUUACACAAGUGCAUAUAACGUGAAAGAUUUAUUUCUAAUUGUCGUUAUUUUUAUUUAUUGUAAUUAAGCAUAAAAAUCAAAAGUAUGGAUAUUUGACACAGUUCUUGAAUUUUACGAAUAACUUUUAAUCUUGAUCGGUAUAUGAAUAAUUUCUCUGUAAAAAAUACAGCCAAGAAACCAUUUGAAUUUCACAUAGUUUUAUAAUAAAGUAUUUAAAUGAA